CGCUCCCUCCACGUGUUGUAAUUAAUGGUCGUCCGGCUGAGGUCACAAUGCCGCUGGACGGAGCAGUGUAAGCUGACCUCCGCUGGUGGGAAGCCGCCCACUUGAGAGUUGUAGCAGUGCCUGAAGAGAUGAGCUAGUCUGAAAAAGCAUGACAACGUAUCGGCGACAAGUAGAUGAAUCCCACCCUCUGAUACCAGGAUACACAGGCUACAUCCCUCUUAGGUUCUAUCGAAUUGGGACUAGUUUUGGAAACGAUUCUGUGUGGUGUGUAAACGCCUUCCGUGAUGCUACUCAGAGAAAGCAUGAGGACACCAAUGAACUGAGGUGUGCAGCUGCCACAGCGCCACAGCUGCCUCCACUCUGCUCCAAUGAAGAGAUAAUAAAUGUACUUGAUGACUAUAAUUACAAACGGCAUCCAACUGUGUUAGGGCCUGUAGAAACAAGAAGAAAUCUAUUUGAGCCUCCUAUUCCAGGCUGGACUGGAUUUGUACCCCGGUCCAAAGUUACAGAGCUUGGUCAUGGAGUGCGGUACCAUGUUAUGGCAGAAAAUUGCUAUCAGGAUUUUAAGGACUUGUUGGAAAGAAACCAUCGGGAUCCUGCUAGCCCAAUACCCAAGGGAGAGGAAGAAGUAAUGAAACACAGAAGAGAACUACGCCCACAUCCAAGAUUCUACAGGCCUGAGGGGAUGAUGCCCAAGUACACUGGUCAUAUUCCACAUGAACGUUCUGGCAUUGGAAAGACCUUUGGUAAUGUGUGUCGAAGCUGUUCUGUGUGCAAGCACACUGCCGAGAGCUACGGGGCUUACCUUGCCAAGAAACGGAAAGCUGAAAAGGAUGUAGAGCAGAUGAAAGAUGAGAAGAAAAGCAUAAUCACAUAAUGUUUUGAACUUUGGCACUAGACUAUUAAAAACAUACAGUAAUGUCUCAGAUGAGCACAUUUAAAAGCC